UUUGAAGCAUUUUUCCAUAAAAUUGUUUUUAGGUGAAGGCUAUUUCAUAAUCUUAAGGAUUCAGGUAUUUUUGUUCAACAUAAAUAUUGAAUUUAUUUGCUGACCAUUUUGUUAAAAGCUCUUGACACUUGCAGAGUUUUGAUGUUUGGUCUUUGGGAAUGUUAGUUUUCACCUGUUGGUUUCAUGGUAAAAAAAAUUUUAAAAAAUCAUCUUGAUUAUUACUAAUGAAUGUAUGAAACGUCACUCUUCACAUUUCGACUGAAACAAGUUUUAUAACAGCGCAUUUUAUUCCUCUCUUUCUCCAGUCUGACCCCUAGCGGCCAUUUGAGGAACUCAUUUAAGCCGCUUUCUGUGUCCUUCACCUCACUGUGGCUGUGGGGAGAAAGUCUGCUCCUCUGUGUCUCUGCAGAUGAAGUUAGGCGUUAAAGUUGCAUCUUUAACACGUGGCUCACCUCUUGCCGGGUCUCUGCUGUCACCCCCACAGCACGCGGAGCUCUCCACGCAGAGGCUGAACAGGGGCCUGCGUCUCAGUGCUGGGGAGGAUGGCCGGGUGUUGCGCGUCGGCGGAGGACCGAGAGACCAGGAGGAUCAACGACGCGAUAGAGGAGCAGCUGCGGAGGGACAAGAAGGAUUCCCGCAGGGAGCUGAAGCUGCUGCUGUUAGGCACGGGUGAGAGUGGAAAGAGCACCUUUAUCAAACAGAUGAGGAUCAUCCAUGGAGGGGGCUACACAGACGAGGACAAGAGGAGUUACGCCAAGCUGGUCUUCCAGAACAUCUACACAUCAAUGCAGACCAUGAUCCGAGCCAUGGGGCCGCUCGGCAUAUCCUUUUCUGAUCCGCAGAACCAGAACAAUGCAAACUCAGUCCUGGAGGUGGAGGUGGACAAGGUGGAGGAGUUGGAUCAGAACCUUGUUGUUGCUAUCAGGAACCUGUGGAACGACUCUGGAAUCCAGGACUGCUACGACCGGCGCAGGGAGUACCAGCUGUCCGACUCCACCAAAUACUAUCUCACCGACUUGGAUCGGAUUUCCCAGCCUUCCUACCUGCCAGACCUCCAGGAUAUCCUCAGAGUCCGAGUGCCAACAACAGGAAUUAUUGAGUAUCCCUUUGACAUGGAGAACGUCAUUUUUAGGAUGGUGGAUGUUGGAGGUCAGAGGUCGGAGAGGAGAAAGUGGAUUCACUGCUUUGAGAACGUCACCUCCAUCAUUUUCCUGGUGGCGCUUAGCGAGUACGACCAGGUCUUGGCGGAGUGCGACAACGAGAACCGCAUGGAGGAGAGCAAAGCCCUGUUCAAAACCAUCAUCACCUACCCCUGGUUCGAGAAGUCCUCUGUCAUCCUUUUCCUCAACAAGACCGACAUCCUCAAGGAGAAGAUCAUAUACUCUCACUUAGCCACCUACUUCCCUGAAUUCACAGGGCCUCAGCAGGAUCCAACAGCAGCUCAAGAAUUCAUCCUCAAGAUGUACCAAGAACAAAAUCCCAACAAAGACAAGAAGCUGUACUCCCACUUCACCUGCGCCACGGACACCGAAAACAUCCGCUUCGUCUUUGUGGCCGUGAAAGACACCAUCCUCACAGCCAAUCUGAAGGACUUCAACCUGGUGUAACUACCACUAAAGAAAUUAGUGAAAUUAAAGGAAAUGCAACUGUUCACCCAUAUCUCACGUAAAAGAUGUUCUGGAUCAAAUAUUAUCCCAAAAACACAAGAUCCAAUUUAGCAGAGCUAAUGUCCUAAACAGGCAGAAUGUCCUAAACAAUGAUUUGUGUAGGACAUUCUGCCUGAACCGUAAUUUUGCAUAGAUGAAGUUUAUCUUUUCUUUUCGGGUCUGCUGUAUAGGCUACGUUAAAGCUGUAGUAAGAAUGUGAAUGCUAGAGAGGAAACUAGCCGACUUACCCGAUGUGUGAAUAAUAUUCUUUAAAAAUAUAAAUCAAAAUGAUAUAAGACGGAAUAUAUUCCCAUUUAGUUUCUUUAGGCACAGAUUUUGCUGCAAGAGGCUAACGUACUCAGAACGUUUAUCUUUUUUAGGUGUACAUAAUCUGUGAUGUACUUAUAGGAAAUUUGCCUGUUUGUUUAAGUAGCAAUGGAAAUAUUAUUUGUUGGAUACUGUUGUAAAAACCGAGAAGUAGAAACAUGUUCUUGGUACUAUAGAUGAAUAAAGAUGGCACUGA